AUGACACUAUUUAUGUCAUAUCGAUUCAAAUUAAUUGGUACAAACCAAAACUACUUUGUGGCCAACAUUAAAAAGUGCACUGCCAUGUUCAUUAAGCGCAAAGAAGAUGAGAAUUUACAGCCUAAGGGGAAUGAAGAUUCAGUUCAAUUGCAGCAAAUGCUUACUUCUUGUAUGGUGAAUCGUCAGAUCCUGUGUUGUAUCGCUGGUGUCUUGAUUGGCAUUCCCAUUAGUAUUCAGCAAAAAUCAAACAAACCUUUUGCAAUUCUGGGUGUAUUAGGUUCAUUCGUGGAUUACUCAAUCCCGUACACGGCGGACUGUCGGAUGAUUCAUAAUGCCAUGAAAUUGUCUUUACAGAAGGAAUUACUGAAAAAAGAAUUGAAGCCAUGA